AUGCUACUAUUUAAUGUGCGUCUUAAUGGGAAGAACUACUGCUUAUGGUCUUUCCAAAUGAGACGUUUUCUCAUGGGACGAAAGUUAUGGGGCUAUAUUGAUGGUUAUGUUCCCCAGCCUAAGAAUGAAAAUGGGCGUAGUGAUUGGCUUGUCAUAGAUAGCUCUAUUAUGAUAUGGAUUAUGAACUCAGUUGCACCCAAAAUUGGGCACAACUUCACGUAUAAAUCUAAUACCAAAGCAUUGUGGGAUUAUUUACGGAAGAUUUAUUCUCAAGCAAAUACUGCCCGUCUGUAUACCCUUGAACAUAAGAGCAUGAAGACACAACAAAGGGACUCAUCAAUUCAAGAUUAUUUUAAUACUCUUUCAUAUAUAUUGAAUGAGAUGGACUCAAUGGAGAUAGAGCCACCCAAUGAAGUUGUUACUAAAGCACGAAAUCGGUCUCGUUUAUUUCACUUCCUUAUGGGGCUGCGAUCGGAGUUUGAAAGCAUGAGCGCAUCAAUCCUUCAUCGUACUCCCCCUCCACCAUUAGAUGAUUGCCUCUCAAAUCUCCUUGUUGAAGAAACUCGUUUAAGCUGUUUUGAGGUUUCAAAUCCACAUCACAAGAUGUCAUUGAUGUAG